AUGGGAUCCUACAAAGUUCUUUUGAUUUAUACAUCAAUUGUCGAAUUAGUUUUUGCUAUUCUGGAUAUUAUUAUGGUUCCUGUAAGUUUUUCAAUUUUAUAACAACUUAAAAAAAUUUUGAUUUUUCAUUUCCAGAGCUCAUUUUUGUUUGACUCCAUUUUGGUUCUGUAUACAAAUAAAAACAAUAGAUAUUUCUCAUUUGAUGUUUCAACUAUUUUGAUCUCAUUUUAUUGUGGGAUGUUUGGAGUAUCUUUGGGACUUUUCCCAGUUUUGUUCAUUUAUCGAUAUUUUGUGUUAUCGAAAAACAAAUUAUUGGAAUCAUUUUCAUCGAGACAUAUAUUUCUGUGGCUUUGUAUUCCAUUGAUAUUCGGAUUUAUGUUUGGUGGAGUCACUCAUAUUCUAAACGCUCCUCAUGAUUAUAAAUUGAAUCAAAUAGAACCAUAUUUAAACUCUAUCGGGUUUGCAAAAGAAAAUAUCACAUAUCUUUGUUUAUUUUUCAAAACAACAACUGUUCAAGAUAGAAUGUUUCAAACAGAAUCGGUACAAGCUGUGGUUUUAAUGAAUAUCAUUUUGGUGAGUUUGACACGACUGAAGUCUAUUGAUUUUCAAAAGUUUUCUGGUAUAAAAAAUGUAUUUUUUUCUAGAUAUUUUCGGGAAUCCCUACCAUAUAUUUCGGAGCUCAUUGUUAUAAGUUGAUGCAUGAAAAACUGAACACAUCAAACAUUUCCGACGAAUACCGAAACAUACAACUACAAUUUUUCUAUGCUCUUGUUGUGCAGACAAUAAUCCCAUUCGUUCUACUUCAUAUCCCAGCUUCAAUAGUAUUACUAUCAACAGUAUUCAAUAUAAAUUUAGGGCUUAUCAGCGGUAUUGCAUCUGUUGCAUUUUCCGUAUUUCCAGCUGUUGAUCCAUUACCAACCAUAUUCAUUAUCAAAAGUUAUCGGAAUGCAACUAAACGUAAGUUUUAGAACAUGUUUUUGAAUUGAUUGUAAUAUAAAGAUUUUCAGUAAUUUUCAAAUCCAUAUUUAUAUUUCCGAGAAGAUUGAAACUACCAAGCAAUUUGUGAAAACAUGUAAUCGCAUCAAAACUAUGAUAUAACAAUUUUUUGGAAAAUUGAGGUUUUCUUUAAAUUUCUGACAAGUUCUGUAAAAAUACAAUGUUUUGAAAUGAACCAAAUUAAUCUGACAAUACUUUGUUAACAUUUUUAAUAGCGGAAUAUCGUUCCAUAAGCACAAUUUUACGACAACAAACAGCAGUAACAUCUUUUUUAUUUGUGUCUGGAAGUAUUGCGAAAUAUCUCUGCAUGCGAAUAAUAGCGAGUAGCCUGGCAGAUGUCGGUCGCGUUGUUUGCCAAGUAUAUAUAACUAGAAGACACAUUUCUUCAUUUGCGCCGGUCCGGAGUUGUUGGGUUAUCAAAUUUGUUGAAUUCCCCCCAAUAACACCAACUUGA